AUGUCUUCGUCUGCAACGGGAGACACGGCUGCUGGUUUUGCAGCCCCUGCAGAGGCAGGCGGCAGUCCCACCUUAGACUGCAUCAGCACAAGCAGCAAGUGCCAAGUUUCCCUAGCACUCUUCUAUGGCUGUUUCGCGUGUCUGGCGGUCGUCAUGGCCGCUUCUUGGGUGUCACCUCUACCAGUGCUGCUGCAGAUGGGGUUGUACACAGCUCCCAUAAUAUACGUGGGUAGUCACUUGUCUCUGAAACAAAAUGAGGUCGACGCAAUCACAGGGGAAAAGGUCAACAGGGGCGAGUCCAUGGACAGGACUGAUGCGAUGCUUUUCCCGGUUUUUGGCUCUAUAGCCCUCUUCAGCCUCUACCUCGCCUACAAGUUUUUGGGGGCGGUUUGGGUAAAUAUGCUUCUCACACUAUAUUUGUCUGGCGUCGGCCUCGUUGCCUUAGGAGAAACCAUCUUUGCUGUGGCGCGGCCCUUGUGCUCUCCAUCUUUCCACGACGAUAGCUGGUUUGUUGUACACCUGCCAAAUCGCCUCCUCUGGAUCCGCCAGUGGUUGGCAGGGGCGUCCGCAAAGUCUGAGCAGCCGCAACAGCAGGAGGGAGAGGAGGCCAAGGAGGAAAAGGGAAAAGGCGAGGACAAGAAAACAAAGGAGAAAGAGGAGGCCAUGGAGGAGCCUCAUGAACAGAGGGGGGCGGCAGACUUGACUUGGCGCUUUAGCCCGCUGUGGGUACUCUCGCAUUUGGCGGCUUUGGGAAUUUGCGGCUUAUGGCUUGUCACAAAGCAUUGGGCUCUUCAUAACAUCCUCGCCAUUGCCUUCUGCAUCCAGGCAAUCGCCAUAGUCAGCGUAGGGAGCUUUGGAGUUGCGAGCAUCCUGCUUUGCGGCCUCUUCGUCUACGACGUCUUUUGGGUGUUCGGGACUGAAGUGAUGGUGUCUGUUGCCAAGGCAUUUGAAGGUCCUGCCAAACUUAUUUUCCCAGUGCAGCUGUCGCCUCUCCAGUACAGCAUCCUAGGCCUCGGUGACAUCGUCAUUCCAGGGGUCCUGAUAGCCAUGUGCCUUCGUUUCGACAAUUAUUUGCAUCAUCAACAACAAAAUGCAGCCACAGAAUCGCAUGCAGUGGACAUCCACCAGCGCUUUGCCAAGUUCUACUUUUGUGUGGUGCUGUGCUUCUACGAAUUGGGGUUGCUGACCACCGGAAUCGUGAUGCUUGCCGCUCAGCAUCCUCAGCCUGCCCUCCUUUACCUCGUGCCGUACUGUCUCUUCAGCCUUUUCGGAGCCGCUGCCCUUAACGGAAAAGUCAAGGAAGUCCUGGCGUACAAGGAGGAGGGCGAGAACACGGAGAGCUCUGCGAAGCCGUUGGCUCAGGACCCCACAGAAAAAAAGGAAAACUGA